CCAAGUUCAAGAGCUGGAUUUAAAGGACCUCUGGUCAGUACACUUCUUCCCUCUAUGCCCUUCUCCCAGCAUCCUCAAGCAACAGCUUCCGCAACCAGAUCUCGGGAGCAGGGAAGGUUCGCAAAACACUCCCGGAGCUCUAGAAGUGUGGAUUCGUUGUCACCUCUGCCAGCGGCUUGGAAAAUCCCCCCGCGAGGGAGAACGAGAGUACACACACAUACACACACGCGCACACACGCGCGCACACGUUACCACCCCCUCUCCUACGUCCCCUCUACUCCCUUUUUACUAUGAAGGUUUCUAGGCUCGUUUGAAAGCAGCUCUGCCUAAGAUGUUGAGGCAACAACGGCCGGGGGAUGUGCAGCUCGGGGCUUCCCCAUAUGAAUUGGUGGGCUAUAGGCAGCCGCUGUCCUCCUCCUCCGCCACUGCUACCUUCCUUCCUAAGCAAGUCCACGAGAAGCUGGAACCGCCUCUGGAGCAGCUGCAGCAGGGCGUGGGAAAAAAUGCCAAGGGUAGCAGCGGCGGCUGUGGGGAGAGCGGGGGCAGCAGCAGCAAGACGGAGUUGAAGGAAGAGCAGCAGCAGCUGAGGAGGAAAAUCAACAGCCGGGAGAGGAAAAGGAUGCAAGAUCUCAACCUGGCCAUGGACGCUCUGAGGGAGGUCAUAAUGCCCUAUUCUGCUGCCCAUUGCCAGAGUUCCCCGGGCAGGAAGCUCUCCAAAAUCGCCACGCUGCUCCUCGCCAGAAACUACAUCCUUCUUCUGGGCAGCUCCCUGCAAGAGCUGCGGCGGAUCCUGGGCGAGAUGAGCGGGCCCGGGCCGCGGCUGCUGCUCGCCGGCUUGCCCCUGUUCGCCGCCCCAGGAUCGGUGCUGCUGGCCCCAGGGGGAGUGAACCACCCGGAGACUCUACACUCCAGCAAGUACCUGUCGCUGGAGGAGCCGCCGUGUGGUCAGUUCCCUCUCCCCGGCAGCCCUGGUCUCUGCACUUGUGCUAUCUGCAAGUUCCCGCAUUUAAUUCCGUCUGGCCUCGGGCUAGCGGCGGUACAGACACAGUUCUCCAAGUGAAGAGACUGGGCAGACCCCACUUCACCCCUCCCCCCUUCUCCCUCCCUAGCCUGCCGCCCCGUCACCACCGCCCCACUGAUAUCACUACCACUACCACCCUCGCCCCUUUUCCACUCCUCGCUCCCCGGAGCCACCAGCAGCAAGAAAAGAACGCGAGGGUGAAGGGAGGUGUGAGACAACAGAAAGCUAGAGGUGGAAACUCUGGGGAGGAGGGGACGGGGGUGGGAGACAGGGAGAGACUCCCUCCAAGCACGUUUGCAGUGAUAGGGACGUGAUAAGUGAAGAAACAGUAAAAGAUGUGUUUGUUUGUUUGUUAAUUCUGGUGGAUCUUUUCCCGGUAGAUUUCCCGCUUUCCAGAGGGUGGAUUAAAAUAGAGUGCAGCCCGAUCUCUCCUUUCAGUCUCUCUACUCUCCAGACCCCUCCCCGCUCCACCCCGCCCUGCCGUGCAGGUGUAGAUCUAGCCGACUUUUUCUUGUCCUUUUCUUUCCAUCACUAAAUGUCGGGAUUGUUCAAGUCUCUCGUUUUGCUUCGAAGAAAACAACCCUUUCCUCGUCUCCAGUAAGCUGUUCCCGGGCGCUUAUGUUGAGAGAGGGGGGUGUCGAGGGGUGGGGUUCUUUCCCCUCCAGGAAGAGAGAAUAGCAGCCUUUGUGUCUACUUUUCACUAGCUUUGGACGGGCUCUUCGAGGGGAAUGUACUGACGAGGAUCGGACCAAGGAAUCGUUCGGGUUUCUGGAAGAUCCCUUAGUAAAGACUGAUUUAUCACAGAAUGCUACAUGUGAACGCACAGGGGGUUAGGCAGCGUUUGGGCUGAGAGUCGCUUAGCUCUUUGCAGAGCCCUUGGGGGUGAGCAAGCUCGAUUACUGCGUUCAAAAAUCCAAAUCUUGUUGGAAACGCCGGUCUAAGACGACGUUUAUCUUCUUUUAAGGCUAGCUUGUUAUUUUUCAGGGAACUUCGUAGGUUUUUAAAUGUAAUUUCUUUUUUGUUUCUUUUUUUUCUCCCCGAGCGUCGCUAUUCGUCCUUUUAGAAACCGAAACGAAGAGAUUUCCACUUUCGCCAGUUUUUCGGUUAGCCUAACCAGCAUUUUAGUUUGGUAUACAUUCAGAUAAUGACCUCCCUUCAAGUAGCAGUUUUCUUAGAUUACUGAAAAUAGGUUCACUCCUCUCACACUCUAACUUAACAGGAAAAACACUCGAUUAAUUUUUAUUUCAUUAAAAAAAAAGACUUGAAAUUGCCUGGAAGCAAGUAGUUAAGUUGAUCCUUUAAUCGAUAAAGCGAUCAGUGCAGAGGUUUCCUCUAUGUCCAUUCUGGGCAUUGGAUUCUAACAGAAGUUUUAAUAAAUACACAGCCCUGUUUCUUCCUAUUCACCUCACAUUAGAGGACAUAGAUUUCAGGUCUCGAUUUGUAAUGGGCAUUAAGUAUAUCGUUGUUGGGUUUUUUUAAUAUCAGGAUAUGACUUUGGAUUUUUAUUGUUGAGGAUUUUGUUGUUAAAACCCCAUUUUAAAACUAACCAUCUUUCCCCCUUGUACUGUUGAAUCAUCCCAGUAAAUAAAUAAAGCAUCCAUGAC